AUGAUCAACCUUGCCCUCGACAACCACCCGCGCUUCAAGCUACGCCUGCACAUCAUAAUCGGCUCUCUGAUCACCCUAACCUUCAUCCUGAUCAUCGCCCGGGUCGCCGAUAAAGGCACCCCGCCGACGCGGACUAAUACCUGGGGCAUCGCAGUAUGCAUAAAAGCCGCCCUCUUCCUAGCCUACCAAACCCUCACCACCUACCACGAGCGCUUUAAACGAUGGGCCAGCCCCCGCGCCAACAUGAUCCUGGACAUCAUCGACACGAUCUUCUGGUUUGCCUUGUUCAUUAUCAGCAUCAUGGGCGCGAGUGGGGGGCAUAGUACGAGCAGUAAGGCGCUGGGGGGGAUUGUGGCCGUGCUGGCGCUGGGAUUGUGUGGGGUGGUUGGAUUGUUGGCCUUUGUGUGUGUGCAGGAUUGGAGGUAUUUCAAGGUGCACGGGGUUGUGCCGGGGGUGGUGAAGUCGCCUUGUUGA